GUCUUUUCCUCUCGACUCUCCUCUCUCUCUCUCUCUCUCUCUCUCUCUCUCUCUGCGCUGCUCUCGGUUUAGGUCGAGGAGUUGCUAGCUAGCUAGGGGGUUUGGAUCCCUGCUGGUGCUGGCUGCUCCGCUGCUGCGUGCUAGUCCUACUCCAGCCCCCCAGCCCCAGCGAAGCAGGCAAGCAUAGAUAGAGGCUGGGGUGGGCAGGGAGGUGCGCGGACGGAGAUCCAUCAGAUCAGAAUCAGAUCACAUCAUCGGCCCUCGGAUGCGAUGCAGCACCGGCGCAAGCCCGCUUCCGCCGCGGCGCCGCCGGCCGCCAAGCAGCCGGCCGCGCGCAGGCCCACGGCGCGGCUGUCGCUCGCGGGCCUCGUCGUCUCCAUCUUCCUCGUCGCCACCUUCCUGUACAACGAGGACGUGGUGAAGGCGGCCUCCGGCUCCUCCAGCUCAGCAACAACAGCCGACGCCGCUGAGGUAGGCGUCUCCGGGCGGGCGAGGUCACCCGACCUAAGGGUGCUGCAGGAGGCGGCGCACCAGGGGGUGGAAGCUGAGGAGCGGGAGGUUGGAGAUCGUACGGAAGCGGAGCAGAAGCAGAAGCCCCUGACCCUCCCCAUCCCCAUCCCCGUGGUGGCGCUGGCGGAGGAGGAACUCGUGGAGAAUACUAAGGGAAGGCAGAAGCAGCAGCAGCAGGAGGAGGAGCAAACCCAGAAGCCACCGCCACCGCCGCCGCCUCCUCCCCAGGUUGCCGGGUGCGACCUGUACCGGGGUCGGUGGACGUUCGACGCGGCCGGCGAGCAGGCGCCGCUGUACCGCGAGUCGGAGUGCGAGUUCCUGACGGAGCAGGUGACGUGCAUGCGCAACGGCCGCCGCGACGACUCGUACCAGAAGUGGCGGUGGCAGCCCGAUGGAUGCGACCUGCCCAGGUACGAUGCUCGGUUGCUGCUUGAGCGGCUGCGCAACAAGCGGCUCAUGUUCGUGGGUGACUCGCUGAACCGCAACCAGUGGGAGUCCAUGGUGUGCCUGGUGCAGUCUGUGGUGCCCUGGGGCCACAAGACGCUGCACAAGUUCGUCAACAACGGAUCGCUCAACGUGUUCACGGCGCAUGAUUACAACGCCACCGUGGAGUUCUACUGGGCGCCCUUCCUGGUGGAGUCCAACUCGGAUGACCCGCAGGCGCACAGCGUCAUGAACCGUGUCAUCGCCUGGCGCGCCAUCGCCAAGCACGCCAAGAACUGGAAGGGCGUGGACUACCUCGUCUUCAACUCAUACAUCUGGUGGCUCAACACAUUCGAGAUGAAAGUCAUUCGCCGUCAUCAGCAUCAGCUUGAAAAGGAGGAGGAGGGGGUGAGGUGGAGCAAGUACGCCCUUGUGGACCGGCCGGUGGCGUACCGGGAGGUGCUCAAGACGUGGGCCAGGUGGGUGGACCGCCACAUCGACCCCAACCGAACAAGAGUCUUCUUCAUGGGCAUGUCGCCCAACCACGUCACGCCGUGGGCGUGGGGUAACGACGGCGGCAUCAAGUGCGCCAUGGAGACGCAGCCCAUCAGCAACAACCGGACGGGGCGACUGGACAUCGGCACGGAUUGGCGCCUGCACGGCGUGGCGCGCGGGGUGCUGGCGCGCUACCUCCGCCGCGUGCCGGUGCACUUCGUCGACAUCACGGGGCUGUCGGAGCUGCGCAAGGACGCGCACACCUCCGUGCACACGCUGCGGCAGGGGAAGCUGCUCACACCGGAGCAGCAGGCCGACCCCAAGACCUACGCCGACUGCAUCCACUGGUGCCUCCCGGGACUCCCCGACACCUGGAACCACUUCCUCUACGCGCACAUCCUCUCGCUCUCCUCGUCCGCCCAGGAUCACUAACCAUUUUUGCCCAGCCUCACAAUGUCAAGCGCUUCCUUUCAACUCCUCUCCCUAGACCACCCACCCACCCUGGAUACCUAUUACUACUGCUGCUGCUGUAGAUCUUCGUUUCAUUUUGACAAAUGCAUGCAGGUCUUCUCUUGUAAUUUCUAUAAAAAACAUCCCUGAUUUAAU